UUCUGUGUCCACAGGUACAGCGGGAGUUGUUUCAAUUCAGAAAUAUGCUGCCAGACCUACUCAGCUUUUCCAGCAACUUUGUUUUUGUUGCUCAAGCCUGACUGUUAUUCAGAUCCUGCUGUAAGCAGACCUGCGUGCAACAAAGAGUUUGUUGAUAAAUCUGCAGUUCUUUCAGUUUUUAAGCAGAAACUGCUUCACAUGGCUAACAUGGCAGCGAGACUUCAUCAAAAAGUUGCCAAGAAGAAUGACACAGGCCACUGCAAGCAAGUAACAGCAGCUCUGCAAAGUCCUAUUGGUGCCAUACAAGUAUCUGGCUGUGAAGAAGGCAUUCACUUCAUUCAGCUGUCGGAGAAUUUUGUACCCAAAGACAGGACAAGAGUGGCCUCAUUUACUUGUGAGGUAUGUGAAAGCCAAGAGGAAAUGACAGAACCAGUGAAAUACUGUAUGACCUGGCUUCAGGCCUAUUUCUCUGAACCUUGGACAACAGAAAAACUUCCUCUCCCUGCCUUUCACCAUCCUAUUUUUCAACAAGCUACCUUCACCUGCAAUGUGUUGAUGACGCUACUGAAUGAUGUGAAAUUUGGAGAAAUGACCUCUUACAAGGAGCUAGCAGCAAUGGCAGGCAAUUCAAAAGCAGUGAGAGCUGUUGGAGGAGCCAUGAGAGCGAACCCUGUGCCAAUUAUUGUGCCCUGUCACAGAGUGAUCUGCAGCAAUGGACAGAUUGGUAAUUAUAUGGGAGGAAAAGGAAAUCACCUCAAACAAUGGCUACUGACACAUGAGAAGCUUCUGAAAGCGAGCCGAAAAACAUCUCAGGGACUUUGUCCAAUCCUGCCACACAGCUAGAAUGUACGCCAACAAUGUUCAGAAUAAAACAAGCUCUUAACACAUCCACUAUUAUUUAGGGAAUUUGUAAAUAUUUGAGUGACUUAAAAAGAUAAAAGAAACUUGAGAGUCAGAUGCAUGGUGGCACCACUACUACAUUAAAAAGCCUGGAUCCAUCCUGAGGGACUCUGGCCUUUCUUGUUUUUACAUUUUACAGAAGAAUGAGUGCAGAGAUCUGUGCAUGUUGUGUAUGUUGUUCUCAUCUACAGGCUUUUUUGUUCUACUUUUAAUGCCCAUUAAAGCAAGGAUAAGGGAGUGGGAGGGGCAUGGCAAAUGUUAGGUGCAACUGCCCCUCUAAGGAAGCAUCUGGCUCACAGAGGGGACAGCUGACAGUCUGGAGCCUCUGUGUUUCUGGGAGCAAAAUGAAAUCCUGAAGCAUCAGCUCCAAUUUCUUUAUUGCUGCACAGCUUUGUAUUUGCUCUGUAUGGAAAACUGUACCUUGAGACGAUGAUUGUGCUGCCCUCUUUCAUGUUUUACACACUGAAAUAAAUCUUUCCCAUAAACACCUUUUGCAAACUGGUCUCAAAAAUAUUGAAAGGAAAACCAUUUUUUGCAUGCUGUCAAUUAAAAUACAAAUUGUCACAGCUUUACCAUUCCAUUUUUGUUACCAUUUGAUGCAUUUUUUUAGGUCUCAUGGAAAAGGUAUGACUUUAAUUUUGUGUUUCUUCUUGCAGUUGUUAAGACUGUUAAAUAUGUGAAUGUUUCUCUUCAGUAGUUGAUUACAUGUAAUCUGAUUGUAGAGAUUUGUUGCAGAAACAAGUUGUUAAAGCUUAAGAAAAGCAAAAUUGUAUGUAUUUAAUCAGCAAGAAUAAAAAUAUUUCAAUUAUUUUUUUUAAUGUC